AUGUCGGCCGCGUCGAGGGCGUGCCGCGCGGCUCCCGCGCUGCUCCGCCUCGCAUCCUCGUCCCACGAACCCCGACGAGCCCGCAUCGUCGCGCGCGCCGCCAAGGGCGCCGCCAAGCGCGACGCCUCCUCCGGCCUGCUCUCGGGCGUCCACCCCGAGUCAAUCGCCGCGGUGAGCGCCAUCGCGGAGCGCGCGCAGGCGGCGAGCGACCGAUGGGGGACCGAGGUGACCGAGUUCCUCGACCCGGCGCUCGCCGCGGACGCGCGCGUGGUGAUAGACCGCAUGGCGGACUGCGAGGCGCGGCCGUGGGGGGGCUACGACCGCGCCGAGCGCGUGAGGUUGGUCAUUGGACGACGCGAAGUGCUCGACGGCGACGGCGACGACUCGUUCGCGGCGCUCACCGACGCCACGAACGGAUGCGUCGCGCUGCUCCAGGUCAGCGGCAACUUCAUGUUCGACGCCGCGGAUCACAGGGACUUUCUCGGCGCCGCGUUGGGCGCGGGCAUCGAGCGCGACAGGCUGGGCGACAUCCUGGUGCAGGGCGAGCGGGGCGCGCAGAUCCUCGCGACGCGGCCCAUGGCAGCUUUUCUCUCCUCCGCGAUGACGAGCGUCCGCAAGGUGCCCGUCGCCACUUCGAUCGCGCCGCUGACGGACCUGAGGGUUCCACCGCCCAGGGUCGACACCUUCGCCAGCGUGGAGAAGAGCAUGCGGCUGGACGCGGUGGCAUCCGCUGGGUUUCGCAUGUCGAGGAGCAAGAUGAGCGAUUUGAUCGCGGCGGGCGCGGUCAAGGUGAACUGGAGGGAGGGCGCCAAGCCCAAGACGGAGUGCAAGAGCGGGGACGUGAUCUCGUUGCGGGGUAAGGGGCGGGUCGAGGUCGGGGAGGUGACGACGACGAAGAAAGGGAGCUUCAACGUUCAGCUCACGAGGUACCUGUAG